CGAAAAGAUGAAGAACGUAUUCGCUGGGGCAUUGCUCCUUGCUUGUGUGGUCCUGGCCAGUGGAACCCUGUAUUAUCCAUUCGAGGAGCUGGGCCGUCAACGCCAAGGUGAUUUGUUGAUCAAGAAAAUCUCCGAUUCGCUCAACGAGGGUAGGGAUUCGAUGACCAAAUGGUCGGAGAGUUCCGUCCCGUAUGUGUUCAGUGCAAAUUUCACUGGAAUGCAGCAAGCACUUGUACAGGGUGCCAUGAAGGAGAUUGAAGAUGUCAGCUGCGUUAGGUUCAGGCCGAAGGAGGCCAAGCACAGCAACUACGUGCUCAUAUCGUCACAGGAAUCCGGUUGCUGGUCGGCACUUGGUAUGUUCGGUGGUGAACAGUUGCUUAAUCUGGACCCCCGCGGAUGUUUGGUCAAGGGUUUGAUCAUGCACCAGUUGAUGCACGCCCUAGGGUUCAUGCAUCCCGAUAUGCGACCGGAUCGGGACCUGUACGUGCAAGUUAUGCUGGGUAAUGUGAACAAUUACGAUAUGGUUAACUUUGACAAAGCUGCUCCCGGAGUCUACGAUGACUUCGGAAUGCCAUACGAUUACGAGAGUAUUCUACACCGAAGUGGAUUUGCUUACAGUGCAACGGGACGGAACACAAUCAUUCCUUUGUACGACGAUAUUGAACUGGGACAGCGAGAAAAGUUGAGUGCGAAGGAUAUUCGAAAGCUGAACAAGAUGUAUCCCUGUCAGAUCCAGUAAAAGAAACAUAACUACGAUAGUCAACAUUGCGAUGGAAA